UGCGUCGAUAAAGAGCAGACGGCGAAAACGUACUGUCAGUAUGACGUUUGGAACAAAACAAAGAAAAAAUACGAUCGGAAAGAGAAAGAACAACAAUACAUUUCGUCGCAAACAUUUUCGCUUGCGGCGCACGGUGAUCAGCAAAUUGCAUUUCUUGUGAACCUCCCGAAGAUAUCUCCUGUUUUUUCUUGCAACUCUUUGUGCCUACGUCAUUUGGCGAUCGGUACGAAAAACGGCGUAAAUCCGGAUGACGACAUUUGUAUAGAAAAACACUGUGUCCAGGUGCAAGUAAAGUACAUCAUCCAAGCAGCAGUAGCAGCGUUGUACGAAUCGGUUUGCAUCGAGAUUGUGGAGUGAAUGGCUAGCCUACUGUUGCAUUCGUCACCCGGUGUAGCAAACACUGCCGGUAGAAACAAUUGCCGUGAGUGGAAACAUCCGUAAAUUGGUAUCGAAUUAGGGUGAAUUUCCAACGACGCACCACACCACUUCCGUGUCGUUGCGGCUGCCCCCUGUGCUGCAUAGCAGUACGAAGCCGUGUGGGGGAUAAACGCGUAGUUUAUGUUUUCUAAAAUAAACAAUAUUACAUCAUACAUACUGUUACAAACAGCCGAAUAGAACGUGUCCCGCAAGUGGUGGCACUCAGAUGAUACAGUGCAGUAUUCACGACCGUAAAUAGCGUUCUUUGUUACCGUAAAGUGACGCGCUCCGUCCCAACAGCCCGGGGACUGGGCCAAGGGUCACCGGCGCUCACAACUGAUUCCGCAUCCGGCGAUGGAUAGCAACAAGAACAAGGAGUGCUGUUACAGCAACGGUGGUCGAGGCGUUAGUGGUGGCCUUACCGUGGUCAUUGGAACGGACCGCAUUGCCAAGGUGGUCUCUGCUGCAAAGUACCAGAAUCAGUUCAACAACAACAACCUAAUCGAACAGGAAAAUCUUAUGCCUCCGGUGCAUGAUCGAGUAUCCGGAAUGGUGCAGGACGAUAGCCUGCCCGCAACGUUGCCCCAGCAGAAUGGCGUACCUUCUAAUGAAUCGCCGGUGAAAGAUAAAGUUCUGGUGGAAAAUGGAUCUUCCCGUCACAUCUCGUCCAUUUUUAACCAAUCAUCCUCAUCCGUCUCUGCUGGCAGUGACCCACCAUCCGAACGGUUGCUACCGACCCUGCAAUCAUCCGUUGAAUUUUUUACUACGGCCACUAGCAACGUCACUAGCUUUACUCCUACCAUAAACCGAACAGGCACGGACCACCUACGAACUCCCUUAUCCAGUGUGCACGAGAGCAACGGUUACGUUCCACCCAAUGUAGAUACGGCGUCCAAUGGUACGGAAGAACCUCCCGACGAGGAAUCAUGUCGAGUAGAAGCGGAAGUUCCCAAUUUUAACGGUACCGACGAUUCCUGUCCACCCGACGAAGGAGACUUUUCGGAAAACAAUUCACUCGGCAACCUAUCGUAUGUGAGCGAGAAUGGUUUAAUUGAAGAAAUCAUUCUACUACCGAAUAACGCCUACUCCGACGACGAUAAUGCGUCCACGUCGGAUGACUGCAUCUAUGCGUACCGUGGUGGGGAACCGGACGGUGCUGUCGGCCAGCUGUUAGAGCUGCAGGGUGAUUUACCACCGGACGACGAGACGGAUUUUCUCGAGAUGGAUUUCGAUCCCGAACCCAGCUCGGAGAUGGAAAAUUUUAACCGACAGUCAGAUUUUAUGCUCGGUUUGGACGAUGAUAAGUUUGCUGGCGUAUCAAGGCCCUCGGAAGGGCAACACGGACAGGAGAACGUAGGGAACGGAACGCGAUCGUCUCCAAUCGUUACACGGUCCCCUACGGUGAUGCAACAUAAUUUGAUACAACCAGAAACGGGACCAUCUCCAAUGGAAAAUGAAUCAGCACAGAAAGGAAAUGAAACGGGUUUACAUCGUGUACCAGAAUCAAAUGACACACGAUCGCUAUUGGCAGCUCCAGUAGAAUCGCUGACAUCGCUGGUAGAUGAGUCCAAAGCAACCGCUCUUCACGAUCAACGGGUACAACAUGCGGAUGUUAUGGAACGCAGCAUCCCUCCCGAACCUAUCGUGAACCGACUAGAAGCUCAAAAAACGGGUGCCAUUCCAAAAAAUGUUCCCCUCCUGAUGGAACGUUCCACACCGACCGAACGAGAAGGUUUAUCGAACUCAAAGAAUCUUCGACUAGAGCUUACCUUACAACCGGACGGGCCAGCUUUAGACGAGACAUCGCACCGUUACCAACAGUGUACACCCUUUUACUACAAAUCUGCAGAGUUUGGUGCUAGCAAACGAUCUAAGGGCUUGCAAGAGGCGGUAGAAGAGGAAAUGCACUGUUUGGACUGUGCAGAACAGGAGUUCCUGAUGCGCACGAAGCAAGAUCCUACUAGGCAACGGUUUUGUAACGUUUGUAAUGUCGCGAAGCAGGAAGCGAAGGGACGAUCGAAUGGUACUUUGCGAUCCUAUGAAAAGCAAGGGUUUUUCCCCGGAUCAGAUCGAGAGCUACCGAAAGACGACCAAACGGUGGUAGUGGAUGAGCUGUUGGAUCUGCGUGCGGAACAGAUCGUGUAUGAGACGUUGCAUAAAAUUAACACGCUAAAGGAAAUGCCACCCACCGGUGGUUUGGUGCGUGAUCAUCUUUAUCAAAGCAAGGGCAGCUCGAACGUACCCGAACGGUACGAACAAGCAAAUGUUGGCUGGUACGAUCAACAAGUACCGCGUGUCCGUGCUAAAAAGAUACAGCAGGAGGAACAGAGUGUAACGAUACACACGUUUAACUGCAGCUUAUUGACAAUAAUGGAAUCUUUGACAUGUUUUGGCCUUACACCGAAUCAGGAGGUGCUUCGACAGUACUUUUACGAUCAGUACGAAGUCGACACGUCUAAGAUGACCAUACCGCAGUAUCUGCUUCACAUGUCAAAGCGCGACUGCAACUACAAGAAACUGAUCGACGCCAUCAAAUCUAGCUGUGAUGAUGAACUAUUGGAUAUCCAAUACUAUCCGCUUCACCCGUUUUCGGAUAUGCCAGAAACGGUGGAAAUAUGUUCCAGUGAAAUUGCGAAACGAUGGACCGCUAACACAAACUUGCGACAAAUUAUUCACUUUAAGCACAAACACUUUCACACACUGAAUGUUCUUGGAAAAAUUGUGAACAUUCUUCGGCAACCUUCACGUGGUCGGCACACGAACCACAUGAUCAGUAUACCACAGUACUACAAGAGUGGAAUUAUCAAGAUCCAGCGGAUAGGCGUAUGGUGAGCGGAAACUUCGCAGACCGCUAGAGCUAGUCAGCAGUAGCUGCAGGGAUUAAAACAUAAAACAAGCGCUCAUCCCCACUUGGUAGAUUAGCCAGUGAUUUUGUUAAGGACAUACCCCGAUCCCCAACAACUACGUUCACCUUUGUUUUGCAGGCACAGGAAGAGAACGAUGGCCAUGUGUAUUAAUGGUAUGGUGACAGAAGAAAAAAAAAACAGUUCAGUUAAGAUAAGUUUGUAUUGUUGUUUACGCUUAUGCGAACGGACGCGAAGGUUGGCUAAUUUUUGCUGCCUAUCGUCGUCGGUUCGUUGAUCGCUUGAUGCGAUUUUAAUUAGCAUCGCUAUAAUGUACUGGGUUGCAGAGACGCAUAAGAAGUACAUAUGUACAUACAAUUAGAUAGAAACCUAUUUAUUCUACAGUUAUACGCGCUAGCUUGCUGUAAUACAAAGUAAAUAUGCGCAGGAAACGCCUGACCAUUAGGAUCACCAGGAUGCAAAAACGUUAACUAUGCGCGUAUUUCAGUUCAAAAUUAGAUUCCUGUUUUCGAACAUUAUCCUCAUUUCGGAUAGGGCGCGUAUACAGGCAAAUGCCAUAACAAAAAAAUUUCGAGGCUUUUUUUUUUAAUAGAAAGGAAUACCACAGAAGUAAAGGCAAACGAUUGAACGACACUGUGAUGCAGCUUUACUUAUGUAUUUUUGUUUUGUUCUGUAGCCGCUUUGCCGCAAUACGUUUGUGUAAGAGCUUACUUUUUAUGCGUCCUCGUGUGUUAAUGGAAGGAAGGAAAUGCCCGGCGCGGCUACAAGAAUCCCCCAAAAAAAAAAGUUGUCUCACGUUCAAAAAGAAAUGCAACCCAUAUUAUCCUGUCAUCAGUAAAUACUUCCAUGCACACAAAUGCUUUAAAAAAAACACGUAACACCACCCAUGGUUUAAUCCAGCUACAGUUACAAUGCAAAACCUAUGCAUACCUCCUAUUUAGUCACGAUGAACCAAGAAAAUGGAAACGGAUUGCAAGAUUUUUGGGCCGGCUAGAAACAAUAUCCCUUUUUGAUCGUAUUAUAUACAUUGUACACGCUUAUCAUUUACACGAGCAUGGUUGGGUAAACCAUCGAGUAUUGGGAGAAACAGCUUGGCACACAUACAUACACACACACACCUACACACGGCAACAACCAUUGUUUGUACACGCGAUGGUUCCCAUUCUAGUUCCAUACGGUGAACCAAUAUCUCACGCCUGGUGUGAUCAUGAAGAUCAUUCGAAAAUGAUAAUAAUAAUAAAACGAAUCAAUACAACUUG